UCAAUAAAAAUCCAACUUUUCUAACAGUUCUCUCACAUACUCAAAGCUCACACAGGUACAGCAACGCAUACAAACAUGGCCACAAGACUCGUCACUUUAUCCAUUUUUGUUGCCACAAUUUUGAUCGCCCUUCAUCAAACCACAGUAGCGGCACAGGAGUUGCAUGUCGUCGGAGACAGCUUGGGGUGGAUAGUCCCUCCCGGCGGCCCCAUCGCUUAUGCCACCUGGGCUUCCUUGCAAACCUUUCACGUCGGCGACAUCCUCAUGUUCAAUUUCACAACUGGAGAGCAAGAUGUAGCCAUGGUAACCAAAGAAGCUUACGACACAUGCAAUUCCACCAACCCAAUUCUCCUCCAAACCACCGGUCCGGUCAAUAUCACUCUUGCUUCAGUUGGGCUGCACUAUUUCAUUGGUACCAUGGACAGGCACUGUUUCUUGGGCCAAAAGCUAACCGUCGACGUGACUGGGGCAUCCGGUCCCACCACUAGCCCGGCUUCUACUCCUCCACCACCGCCCCCUUCUCCGGUGGUGGCGGAACCGCCCAGAGCUCCGAUGACUUAUGUGGUUGGGGACGCGUUGGGGUGGAUUGUGCCUCCUGGUGGUCCAAUUGCGUACUCUACUUGGGCUAGUGGGAAAACGUUUUUCGUUGGAGACACUCUUGUUUUCAACUUUGAAAAUGGAACACAAGAUGUUGCAGAGGUAACAAAGGCAGCAUACGACUCAUGCGACACCACCAACCCAACCACCGUCUUAACCAACAGUCCGGUGUCGAUCACACUCUCCACCGCCGGCGACUACUUCUUCACGAGCACGUACUCGCGCCACUGCUACUUGGGUCAAAAGCUUGCCAUCACUGUUGUGGGAACUACGUCUGGUCCCACUUCUAGUCCUGCACCACCGCCGCCAAGCACUCCGGUGCCGGCACCGCCUAGAGCUCCGGUGACUUACGUUGUGGGGGACAAGUUGGGGUGGAUUGUGCCACCUGGGGGUCCUAUUGCUUAUUCGACUUGGGCUUAUGACAAGACCUUUUAUGUUGGAGACACUCUUGUUUUCAACUUUGAAAAUGGAACACAAGAUGUUGCAGAGGUAACAAAGGCAGCAUAUGACUCAUGCGACACCACCAACCCAACCACCGUCUUAACCAACAGUCCGGUGUCGAUCACACUCACCACCGCCGGCGACUACUUCUUCACGAGCACGUACUCGAGCCAUUGCUACUUGGGUCAAAAGCUUGCCAUCACUGUUGUGGGAACUACGUCUGGUCCCACUUCUAGUCCUGCACCACCGCCGCCAAGCACUCCGGUGCCGGCACCACCUAGAGCUCCGGUGACUUACGUUGUGGGGGACAAGUUGGGGUGGAUUGUGCCACCUGGGGGUCCUAUUGCUUAUUCGGCUUGGGCUUAUGACAAGACCUUUUUUGUUGGAGACACUCUACUUUUCAACUUUACAAACGGUACUCAAGACGUAGCAGAGGUAACCGAGGCAGCCUACAACUCAUGCAACACCACCACCCCAGGCCUCACCCUAACCACCAGCCCUGCGAAAAUCACCCUCACCACCGCCGGCAGCUACUUCUUCACGAGCACGUACCCGAGCCACUGCUUCCUCGGCCAAAAGCUCGCCAUCAACGUGACCGCCACCUCUUCCCCCACAUAUCCACCGGGCUCGAUCGCGGAGCCGCCCAGUAAUGCACCUUCUCCUAGUGCCGGUGCGGCGCCCAUUGCUUCUGCCACCAGCUCGGCCCCGUCCACCGCCGCGAUCGGCUUGUCCUGUGCCGCGUUCUUGUCCGUUGUCACGACGUUCCUUGUUUAAGAAAUUAGUGCAUCCUAGUGAGGUGAUAUUGUUACUCCAUUGUUUUUGUGAGGUCUAUAUAUGUAUUUAUUAUUGAUUUAUUUCAGUCUUUAGUGUGUCAUUUAGUGUAGUCAGCUCAUACCUGUGAUCAAUAUUCAUUUCCAUUAUAUGUAAAGUCGAAACUCCCACAUUUUACUCUGAUAAAUAAAUGGGAUUUUUUGCCA